UCCAACCAACGUUAAAUGUGGAACUAUGACCAUCUUGUUACGUUUAAGGGGGGCCCUUUCUGGGGUUACAACAGGAACGCGAGUCAGGAUCGUGGAAGGACAUAUUUUGAUAUCAUUAUGUAUAGAUUUAUUUCCUGGACAUUAUGCACGGCUCAGAAGUCUUCAACGAAGAUAUCGGGAUCGCGUAUAUUGCCAGCAAAUUCGGACACGACUACAGCUUCAAUUAUGAGGGUGCCCACUGUGUGUAGAGCUAAAUACCUCAGCACAACUUCAACCAGGUUAUGUGACAAUAAAAACUCCAAUAUCGAAGACCCCACAGAAACCCAAACAGUCUGUAAACAACAAGCAACAGAUUCCAAUGACAUCAACAAAUUGGAUGAGCUAACUAAUACAGACAAGAUGGAUGUAAUAAAUGGCCACGGUAGUGCUGCAAAGGGAAAAGAAUUUGACACAAGCAGAAAUGGGAAGGAGAAUCUACUUCAUCUUCUGGGAGCCAUGAAGGUGGAUGUCACCAGCAAGAGGAGGCUUAAACAUUUGAAAAUUAAGCCAAAUGUUUUUGCCCCUAACGCAAGGCAAACCACAAUGGAGAGCACUGUUAAUAUGUUUCAAGAGGCUUCAGCUGAGGCUUCAGCUUCAUCUCAGAGUCACACCCUGGAUCCGGAACUCGUCGCCGCUGCCUCCGCUGCUGCUUCCACUCUUCCUAACCGCAUCCAGGCCGAGUCUGAGUUGCUCAGGAAGCUGAGGCAGCACGAGGCUGUGACUGAGGCUCAAAAAAAGGGGGAUGUGAAUGACAUAGGCGGGAUUCUCGCCGACAUGAAAGUGUCAGUGGAAAGUAAUGCCAACAGACAGAACGCUCGACCGGCCAAUCAGAUCCGGUUUGACGACGACGGGAAGGGCUACAAACCCGACAGAGGAAUCACCGCAGAGCUGGAAAGCGUUCGCAUAAAGAGGAACUUGUUCACUGGGAAAAGACUUAACAUCUUUUCCCUCCCUACUGAUGAUAGCAGCGUGACAACAACAAUUGCACGCCCAACCAUAUGGGACGCGGACUUUGCUCACCUGCUGUCUUCGUCGGCAAACCAAAUGCCCCAGAACGCCUUUGAGGAAAUGAUCCAAUGGACUAAAGAGGGCAAAUUGUGGCAGUACCCAAUCAACAAUGAAACAUGUUUUGAGGAGGAAGCCAGCAUCCCUUUCCAUGAGCAUGUCUUCCUUGAGAAGCACCUAGAGGAGGGCUUCCCCAGGCAGGGACCAGUACGCCACUUCAUGGAGCUGGUGGUGAUCGGUUUGUCCAAAAACCCCUAUCUGACCGUCCAGCAGAAGAAGGAGCACAUCUCCUGGUUCAGAGACUACUUUAAUCAAAAAAAAGAUGUCCUCAAGGAGGCUGAGGUUUAUCUUGCUUAAAUUUGGGCAAUUUAAGACAUUUUUCAUAUUUUCCAUGCCCCUUAACUACAAGCAAGCCCAAUCCAUAAUCCAUAACACAUUGCUCUUCGUGCAAGGAGUCAAAUUAUGCUCUUGUCCAAAAUACAUAAUAAAUCGUGCGACUUUCCUGUAAUUUAGCUUACAGUUUUAUUAUUCACUUUGUGGAUAUGUCAAAUCCAUAUUGAAAUAUUCAAUCACACAGGUAAGAUGGUUAAAAUAAUAUAUUUAAUGGUACAUGUUUGCUGAUUAGUUGACAGUUGAAUGAACUGGUUGAGUGUUUUAAGGGGCUAUUGAGAUCGGUCUGUCAGUAUGAUUAAUGGUGUUUUCUUUGGCGGCCAGUGAAGUAGGUUUAUGUUGGCAUGUAGCAUCUCGGACCUCGGCUCGUUUACAGUACGUGUUUAAAUAGAACUUGAACCUUGUGCCCUUUGCGAGGAAGUUACCAACAUUUGAACAAUGAAGCAUGCGGUUUCUUAGUAGUAACCCUCGGCUUUAUUUAUUGUCUGAGAAAACGUGGAAAAAGGAAAGCUUGACAUUUUAAAAACACUCCCGCUUCCACUUGUUGUUCACCUUUCCUUAAACAGUCAUGAGUGGCGUGAUGAUGUGUCGGUAACUUGGCUAAUUGCGGGGGGAAAGUGUGUUUGUACACCUGGACGACUGCAGACAAUAAUGUGUACAUUCAUGACUAAAAUACUGUACAAUGCUGCAUGUUGUUUGUGCUUACAGGUAUUAUCUAUAUCCACCACUAGAGGGCACUACCGACAAAAAUGGAAGUUCUUUGAACAAAUGUGGGCCUACUUGCUGCUUGACAACUUAUAUUACUAAUAAUGUAAACUUAUGAAAGCGAUUUGGAAAUCAAAUAGAGUGAGCAGCUUAGCGAAAAGAAGUUGGUGCAUUCAAGUAUUGCAUUGAAAGUACAAAA